CUGCCAUUUUGCCAUCUAACUAGACGUAUUUCCGUGGAAGUCUUUCUUCCAGUGAAAAAGCUUUCAUGGAACAUUUCCAGACAGAGUGUUAUAAAUAUAAGAACAGAAAUCCAGCUGGCUUCAGACUUCAGUCGAAGACAUUACCAGACGACUUCAUUUCUGAACAUAGCACAGACUGCACAGAAACACCAGACAUGGCAUCAGGACCCAUUGAACUGGCUGCUCUAGGAAGACCUCUGUUUCCCGGUAUGCUGUAUGAUUGCCGCAAGGAUUCCUUCAUUCCAGGUGUUACUCUGUGGGAUAAGCAAUCACUGAGUGAAGAUAUGGACACUCGUUCAAAGCUCAUGACAGAUGUGAAGUUCAGUAGCUCUGAUUCUCUCUCUAGUAAGUCCAAUCUCCUAGAUGUAAGUGCUUCCCUGAAGGCCAGCUUUUUUGGGGGGCUGGUGGAGGUGGGAGGAUCUGCCAAGUUCCUAUGUGACACCAAAUCCUCCAACCAACAGUCCAGAGUGACAAUGCAUUACAGUGAAACCUCAAGAUUCGAACAACUCACUAUGACUCAGCUGGACCAGAUCACCCACCCUCAGGUGUUUGACCAGAAAACUGCAACUCAUGUGGUCACGGCUGUGCUGUAUGGAGCUCAAGCCUUCAUGGUGUUUGAUCGGUCGUUUGCAGAAGAUGAAAACAAGCAGGAGAUUGAGGGUGAACUGAAUGUCAUGAUCAAGAAGAUCCCUGGGUUUUCCAUUGAGGGAAAAGGAGCUUUAAAAAUGACAGAUGAGGAUAAUAAAAAGGCUGAGAAUAUCACCUGCACAUUUCAUGGUGACUUCCAUCUUGAGCAGAAUCCCACCACAUACAUGGAGGCCCUAGAGGUGUACAAGAACCUCCCCAAACAGCUGAAGGAAAAUCCACAGAAUGCAGUGCCAAUAAAAGUCUGGCUCUAUCCUCUAAGUUUACUGGAUACAAAAGCAGCUCAGUUGGUGAGAGAAAUCAGCACACGCUUGAUUUCCAACACUGAAGAUGUGAUGGAGGAGCUGGUGGAGGUAGAGAGGACAUGCAGUGACCUGUCCAGAAGAACAGAGGUAAAUGUUUUCAGUGACAUCAAAGAAAGGCUGCACUCAUUUCAGGAUUCAUUUAGCAUUUACAAGAUGGUGCUCCAGAAAGCACUGGCCAGGGUCUUGCCUGCCAUUCGAGGAGGAGGUAUGGAGGAACAAUCCCUGGAAGACAUCAUAAUCAUCCACUACAACUCCCGUGAUUUGCUUAACCAAUGGUUAGAUGAUGCAAAGUCUGAACUUUACUUAUUGAAUAAUCACAGCAAGAUGCUGAAUGAGAUCAACAUUAAAGAUUCAGACGGGCUCAACGCCAUCCUUCUUAAUCCUGAUAUUGAUGUAGUACUGUGCUUGGCCUUCACAUCUCUAAAAUAUGAAGACCCAAAUCUUUCAACCCUGACAGAGUUUCUAAAAUCUGCAGAGUUUAAAGAGCUUGAUAAAAAAGAAAAACCGCUUUCUGUGGCAUCAUAUAGACAGUGGUUCAAAGAUCCUGAUGUCAUUGCAAAGAUGAGAGAGAACUUAUCUCUCUUCAAGAGAUUUUCAGAGGCCAAUAAAGAUGAGAAGAGUAUCCGAUUCAUUAUUUCUGCCAUCUCCAAUCCCUCCAUUCCAGGCUCCUCCAUCUAUUUGUAUGAAAAUGGGAAACUGACAGACCCAAAGUUCCAGCUCGUGUCCAAGCCACCCCCACCAACAGUAAAGAAUGUCUUGGAGCAAACUGUGACCCUGAAACUGCAGAAGUCCCCAACUGGAGAAACAGUGAAGUACAGAGUGGAGUACAAGCAGGUCAAAGCAGAUUGUGGAGCUGAGGAACAUUGGCUUGCUAUAGACACAGCUGAUGAAGAAUUUAAGCUGACUGGAUUGGUGGCUGGAAAGCAGUACCUGAUCCGCUACAGGAUAGUGGGUAAAGUGGGAGUGAGUGAAGCCAGUGAGACUGUCAGCCCUACAGUCUCUUCAAUCAUUGUUCCCAGGACCAGGAACGACUUCCAAGCAUAUUACCAUCAACUCACUCUGGAUCUGAACACAGUGAAUAAAAACCUCUGUCUGUCUGAGGAGAACAGAGAGAUUACUAAGACUGACAAAGAGCAGCCGUAUCCUGAUCAUCCAGACAGAUUUGACAAGCUUCCUCAGGUGUUGUGUAGAGAGAGUGUGUGUGGACGCUCUUACUGGGAGAUCGAGUGGAGUGGAAAUUAUUCUGUGUCUAUAUCAGUGUCAUAUAAGAGCAUCGGCAGGAAGGGACAGGGUGAUGAGUGUGUGAUUGGAUAUAAUGAUCAGUCCUGGUGUUUGGACUGCACUCCAUCCACAUGCUCAUUCUGGCACAGUAACUUACAGACUCAUCUCCGUGUAAAGUCCAUCAGCAGUAGAAUUGGAGUGUAUGUGGAUCACAGUGCAGGAACUCUGUCCUUCUACAGCGUCUCUGACACAAUGAGCCUCAUCCACACAGUCCAGACCACAUUCACUCAGCCGCUCUAUCCUGGGUUUUGGGUUAAUAAUGGAUCAGUGAAACUGUGUCCGUUAAUGAGAAUAGACUGAUGAGAGAUUCUACCCCUAAUGCUUUGAGGUGCAUGAUAAAUGAUAAAUCAGUAACAGUGAGAUGUUAUUGAGUCUCUUCAUGACAUUAAUAUUAACAUGAAUCAGAAAUCCUCAUCUAGACAGUAAGAUCAGUGUGUGAGAGAUGAUCUGUGUGUCUGUGCUUUUCUCAAACUCUAUUUGUGCUGAUUAACGUCAGUCUCACAUCAAUCAUUUGUAUUAUUACUAUCUAAAUCAGUCAUAUAUCUUAUAAUUCAUGGGAUUUUUCGCUGUUACUUAUAAUAAAACAAUGUCGAAUCAUCUUGAGGUCGUAUUUUAAUUGAUGAAUGUGUGAAACGUCUGAAUGCUGUAU